AUGGAACUGGUCGCAACACAACAAAAGCUCAAGAGUUCGGCCAAGUUGAUGCAGGGCUACUUCAUGCAAGUACUGCAGUCUAGCAACCUGGGCUCACAUGUCCAGCAAAACAUAGCUAGAGAUGCCAGCCUUCCGAACCCAGACCCCGCCGCCGACUCGCCCAGUGCCGCCAUGGUCGACGGUCAUGCCCCCUACAUGGUCGCCACCUACGCCCGCCCCCCGCCAGUAUUCGUCCAGGGCGAGGGCUCUUACCUGUGGGACGUUGAGAACAGGCGCUACCUCGACUUCACAUCCGGCAUUGCUGUCAAUGCCCUGGGGCACUGCGACCCCGAGUUCUCCAGGAUAAUUGCAGAUCAGGCCAAGACCCUCGUUCACGCCUCCAACCUCUACUACAACCCCUGGACCGGUGCCCUCUCCAAGCUCCUGGUCGAGAAGACGCUCGAGUCUGGUUCCAUGCGCGACGCUGCCUCCGUCUUCGUCUGCAACUCAGGCUCCGAGGCCAACGAGGCGGGCAUCAAGUUCGCCCGCAAGGUCGGCAAGAUCCUCGACCCUUCUGGCGCCAAGCACGAGUUUGUUUCCUUCAACAACUCCUUCCACGGCCGGACCAUGGGCAGUCUCUCGGCCACACCCAACCCCAAGUACCAGCAACCCUUCUCCCCCAUGGUGCCCGGCUUCAAGUACGGAAACUACAACGACAUCUCUGCCAUCAACGAUCUCGUGACGGAAAAGACGUGCGGUGUCAUAAUCGAGCCCAUCCAGGGUGAGGGUGGUGUCCAGGUGGCGAGCGAUGAGUUCCUGGUUGCCCUGGCCAGGCGGUGCAGGGCGGUUGGCGCUGUGUUGCAUUAUGACGAGAUCCAGUGCGGUCUCUCGAGGACUGGCACAUUCUGGGCCCAUACCAGGCUGCCAAAGGAGGCUCACCCGGACAUUCUGACCACGGCCAAAGCACUCGGGAAUGGCUUUCCCAUUGGCGCUGUCCUUGUGAGCAAGGACGUGGCCGACAAGAUCAAGGUGGGCGAUCACGGGACCACUUUCGGCGGCAACCCUCUUGCGUGUCGUCUGGCACAUUACAUCGUCAACAGACUCGCAGAUCCUGCCCUGCAACAAGACGUAGUGGCCAAAGGAGCUGUCUUUGCCAGCGGUUUCAAACAGCUGCAGGCCAAGUUCCCCGACUUGAUCACCGAGAUACGCGGCCGUGGCUUGAUACUCGGUCUACAGCUCACCCAGGACCCAACGCCCAUCGUAAAGGCCGCCCGCAAGAGGGGACUCCUCGUGAUCACGGCGGGGACCAACACACUCCGAUUUGUGCCUCCAUUGACUAUCUCCGAGGCAGAGAUCCAGGAGGGCCUUGACAUCCUAGAACAAGCAAUUGCUGCUACUCGAUCUUGA